UUGUGAAAGAACUCUUAAAUAGAAAUGUUUCAACCAGUUAGAGUGAUUAAUUGUUCCUUGCGAACAUGUCAAUGGAAUCAGUUGCGAUCAGUUGCGCAGGUUAAUUUGAAGAACAAUGAAGAAAUUCACGAAAAAGGAUAUUCUCAAGAAUGGCUGAACGCAAAACCAACGAACGAAAUUCCCGGACCAACUGUGUACAAUAUGAUACGGGGAUUCAUGCCAGGAGGUGAAUACUACAAAAUGUCAUUGAAUGACUUCACAUUGGCUGGGCGAAAAAAGUACGGUGACAUUUUCAUGUUGCCAGCAAUGCUUGGUAGAUCAAGUAUGUUGAUGGUAUUCAAUCCAAAUGACUUUCCCGUAUUUCUGCAUUCUGAAGGCAUAUGGCCACUUCGUAAUGGACUUGAAACAAUGAAUUAUCAUCGAACAAUUCAUAAGAAAGAGGACUAUGGAGAUGUUAUUGGACUUCUUGGAUCAAACGGUGAAGCUUGGGGUAAAAUUCGGACUGCAGUUAAUCCAAUCUUAAUGAAGUCCCAAAAUUCAAGGUUAUAUCUUGGAAAGAUGCAAGCAGUCAGUAGUGAGUUUCUUGAAAGAAUUCGUGAAAUUCGAGAUCCCACUACCAUGGAAGUACCUGAUAAUUUCCUCGACGAAAUUAAUCGGCUUACUUUUGAGUCUGUAGCUGUAAUUGCACUUGACCAAGAAAUUGGAUUGAUACGAAAAAAUCGUGACCAUGAAGAUGCACAGGCAAUUUUUAGCAGUCUGCGUAGUAUCUUCGAUUUAACUCUAGACCUUGAUGUUAAUCCAUCACUUUGGAGAUUUAUUUCGACACCGAAAUUUAAGCAAAUGAUGAAAAGUUAUGACACAUUACACGAGAUCAUUAUGAAACUAAUCAAUCAGGCAUUGGAGAGAAUUGAGAUGGAAAAAUCAAUAUCGAAGGACGAUCAAGAAAAGAGUGUUUUGGAAAAGCUGUUGAAGAUUGAUAAAAGAGUUGCAGUUGUUAUGGCUUUGGAUAUGCUAAUGGCUGGAGUUGAUACAACUUCUACGACACUAACUGGAAAUCUUCUUUGUUUGGCUAAAAAUCCUGAAAAACAAAUGAAAUUACGGAAAGAAAUUCGUUCGGUUCUUCCACAAAAAGAUUCUCUUCUAACAAUCGAUAGUUUGAAGAAUCUUCCUUAUUUAAGAGCAUGUAUUAAAGAGGGCAUACGAAUGUAUCCAAUAUCAUCAGGAUUUCCACGAAUAGCAAGUGAUAAUAUUGUCAUGAGCGGUUAUCGUGUCCCGAGGAACCAAGAAGUUUUAUUGAAUAGCAAUUUGGUGCUAAUGGAAGAUGAACAUAUUCCCAAUGCUAAGCAUUAUUUACCAGAAAGAUGGCUUCGAAGUGAAAAAGCAACAACUAAAGAUCAAAUUAAUCCGUUUAUAUAUAUUCCUUUUGGAUUUGGUGCUAGAAGUUGUGUUGGUAAGAGAAUUGUUGAAAUGGAAUUGGAGACAACAAUUGCAAGAUUGGUGAGAAAUUUCCAUAUUGAAUUUAAUUAUUCUACGGAAAAAGCUUUUAAGAACCGGCUAAUAAAUACGCCGGCAAUACCACUUAAGUUUAAAUUUAGUGAAGUUGAAAAUUAGAUAAAAAAAAAGUAUUUUUGU